AUGAAGAUUCUCACCAAGCAAGAAGAGGAGGCUCACUACGCCGAAGUCCUCAAGGGCGGUAUCAUUGGUGGUACCUUUUUCACAGCCGUCGGUAUUGGAGGUGUCAUCUUCGCCUCCAGACGCUACCCAACCUUUAGAGGUCUUACUAUCCCCUUCAGAGCAUUCCUCGUCACAUCAACCGGCACGUUUGGCGCCAUUGUCAACGCUGAGCGAUGGAGUAUCGCGUACCAGAUCGCCCAGGAUCCCAAGCGAACCUACAGGGACGAAGCCGCCCGCACAGCACAGCUCAUCCGAGAAAAUGAGUCGUCCUACGAGCGCUUCAUGUCAUACGCCAAGGAGAACCGAUAUCAAAUCGUUUUCCUGUCAUGGUUGGCCUCAAUGGGUGUCGCCUUUGCCAUUGUCAGCCGACAGCCCAUGAACACAGCCAACAAGAUUGUGCAAGCUCGUGUCUACGCCCAGGGCCUGACACUAGCCGUGUUGCUUGUGUCUGCCGUGGUCGAGAUGAGAGAUCUCAAGAACGGCGACAGCAGAUGGCAGAUCAUCAGAACGGUGGAUCCCAAUGAUCCUACCAAGAUCAUCGAGACGAAGGUGCAUAAGGAGGAGUACGAGGGCCAAGAUCUCUGGAAGGACAUGGUCGCUGCUGAGGAGCGAAGACUAGCGAACAAGAAGCAGAUUUCAGGGCACUAA